GAAAAACGCGUUUUUAUCCGGACGUCUGCGAGGCGCCGUAGUCUGUUGGUUCAGGACAGAAUCAGACACCGCUGAAAUACAAGUCAAAUUAUUAUUAAACAGCCAGCCAGCUAGAUAAUAAUCAUAAUCAUGAGUCGAUCGUACAAUGACGAGUUACAAUAUUUGGACAAGAUUGACAAGAACUGCUGGCGAAUCAAGAAAGGUUUCGUCCCGAAUAUGCAGGUGGAAGGAGUGUUUUACGUCAACGAGUCCCUGGAGAAGCUGAUGUUUGAGGAGCUGCGUAACGCGUGUAAAGGAGGAGGUUUUGGUGGGUUUCUCCCUGCCAUGAAACAGAUUGGAAACGUUGCAGCUCUGCCUGGAAUAGUCCAUGUAAGUAGAGAAGCGCUGGUCUGGAUCAGGCCUUUAACACAAGUCAGCAGGAGAUGAAGCUAACAACCGGUA